CCACUGGCCCCAGACGCCAUGCUCGAGUUCGCUUUGCCCGGAUUCACAUUUCUGUCUCAUUUUCUAUUGACCCGCUUCGAUUUUGACCUGUCCCAUUAUUUUUUCAUUUUCCUCAUCAUCAUCAGUAUCCGCAUGGCAUGGCGGCAUUUCCUGCAAUUGUUUGUGACGCCACUAAGCUCUGCCUUGGUAUAUGUUAGUGACUCGUUCACUUGCAAAAUAGAGGUACAAGGCCAGGACAGCAUCUACAGAUACCUCAUGUACUGGGUGAUACAUCAUAGAUCCAUGGCUAGAGCCAAGCAUCUCCUUGCCAGCAACAUGCUGUCGGUCGGCGGUCGAUAUGUCCAUAUAAGAACCAGCCUUGACCCCAGCAAAGACAAUAAUGAGCUUGAGUAUCAGUCAGGAGACAAUUUCGAUGAAUGGUGGAGGAAAGUUAUCAGGCAACGCCAGACCCAGCCCUUGCACUUCAUUCCCUCCACGGAGGAGCAUCACUUCUUGUAUGCCAGCCCUUGGUACUCUUGGUGUUUCUGGCGCUGGAUCAAGUUCCAGCGCAUCAAAAGCAGCGAGGACACGUAUGUCAACGAUCGAAUCGUCAUCUCCUGCUGGGGACUGCCGCUCUGUAACUGGGGCAUAGGCAUGCUCAAGCAGCUGCUCGCCGAAGCGCAGCAGGCGUGGCUUGACAAAGACCAGGAUAAGGUCGAGAUUUGGAGUGCCCGAGGGGGAGCGUGGCACCCGUGUGAUGGGCGUGUUCCCAGGCCGCUGGACAGUGUGGUGCUUGACCAGGAAACCAAGGCUGGUGUCUUGGCUGAUAUUGCGAGAUUCCUCAUGAACAAAGCCGUCUACGAGGUGCGAGGGCUUCCGUAUCGCCGGGGCUACUUGCUCCAUGGCCCGCCUGGAACUGGCAAGACCAGUCUAUGUUAUGCCAUUGCCGGACACCUGAAGCUACCGAUCUAUGUGAUAGACCCCAGUUCGUCUUCUCUAGACGAGAACAGCUUCCGAACACUCUUUUCCGAAUUGCCCUCGAGAUGUAUCGUUAUGAUGGAGGAUGUGGACUGUACGGAUAUCACCAAGUCACGGGCACCUGGGCACGACAAGAACGACCAGAGCAUGAUGAUGCCUGGACGCCCCCUUACUCAGAACGGCAUUUCACUCUCUGUUCUUCUCAAUGCCAUCGACGGUGUAGAUGCAAGUGAAGGUCGCAUUCUCAUGAUGACGAGCAACCACGCCGAAAAGUUGGAUGCGGCACUGAUCCGUCCCGGACGGGUGGACAUGCGCAUCGAGUUCAAGUACGCGGCACGUGACGAGAUGGAGUCUUAUUUCAAGACGUUUUACUCGCCCCUACAUUCUGAGGCAUGUAAUGCAGAUCCAAAAUGGGGAGCGAGUGCCCAUGAUCACAUCUGGAGACGUCGACAGGCUGGCCUGUGACUUUGCCGCACAGAUCCCCUCGGGGCAGCUUACGGUUGCUGAGCUCCAGGGACAUCUCAUAGAGCACAAAGACGAUCCGCAAGCGGCCAUCAGGAAAGUAGAGGUACUGCUUCAGAAAACGAAGGCUCAGCGCGACGAGCGCGUCAAGAAGCAGUUGAAAGAGCAACAAGUGGAGAUGAAGGAGAGGGAGAAGACGCUGAGCAAGGAAAUAGAGAUGGAGAGAAGGCUGCAG